GAUUUACAGGAAUGGAUGGACGGAGCAGAGGAAGGGGUGAUAUACUUCAGUCUCGGCAGUAAUAUGAGGGACUCGUUUCCAGCUGAAAAGAGGGCAGCCUUUAUUGAUGCUUUCUCCAGACUGGACAAAUUCAGAGUAUUAUGGAAAUGGGAAGACGACAGACUGCCUGACCAGCCAUCUAAUACAAUGAUCAGAAAAUGGCUUCCACAGAAUUCCAUUCUAGCUCAUCCCAAGACAAAAUUGUUCAUCAGUCAAAUGGGGCACCAAAGUUCUCAGGAAGCGAUAAACUUUGCAAUCCCUAUGCUGGGCAUACCGAUCUAUGGAGACCAGUUACAAAAUGCUCUCAAAUUUGAGAAAGAUGGUAUCUCCAUUCAUAUGGACAUAGAAGAUGUUGAUUUCAACGCAAACGUCUACAAGAAUAUCCAGCGAUUACUGACUGAUAACACGUACAAGCAGAACAUGCUGAGGCUCCAAAGACUAUCACGGGACAAACCUAUGUCAGCGGCUGAUACAGCGGUUUGGUGGGUUGAAUACGUCGCCAGGCAUAAGGGAGCUCCUCACCUCAGGCCCACAGUCCUUGAUCUACCCUGGUAUCAAGUCUACUUGAUUGACAUCAUUCUAUUCCUUCUAGCGGUACUAGCAGUCAUCAUACUAUCGUUGUACAUGUUGCUCAGGAUGCUAUGUCGUAGUAGAACAAAAGCUGAUAAAAAAGUGAAAGUAAACUAGG